CCCAUUAUGUUAACCAGGAAGAAGGCAGGUAGAGUAGGGACAGCCCUUUGUGAGAAUUAACUGCUCGUCUUCCAGAGAAUGAAGUUGACUUUAAUAUGGCUGAUAAAGGUCCGUUUUUAACUUCAUGUAUUAUUUUCUACCUGUCGAUCGGGGCAGCUAUAUUCCAAAUUCUUGAGGAGCCAAACUGGGUCGCAGCCAAGGACAAAUACAUCCAACAGAAGGAACAGAUUUUAAGGAACUAUCACUGCUUAACAAAAGAAAAUGUCGAUGAGAUACUGAAGAUCGUGUCAGAGGCUGCGGGGCAGGGUGUGACCAUCACCGGCGACAAUCACCGCAACACGUGGGACUGGACCAACUCUGUCGUCUUUGCUGCCACCAUUGUCACCACUAUAGGUUAUGGUAACGUCGCUCCAAAGACACAAGGUGGCCGUGCAUUCUGCAUCCUGUACGGUCUGUGUGGGAUCCCCCUCUGCCUGGUGUGGAUAAGUGAGCUUGGUUCCUUCUUUGGAGAUCGGGCUAAACGUCUGUCCCAGGUUCUGUUACGUAAAGGUGUUUCUGUGAAAAAAGUCCAGCUUUUGUGUACAGUGUUGUUCCUUUUAUGGGGUCUGCUGGUGCACUUGCUGAUCCCUCCAUUUGUUUUUAUGUCUGUGGAGGGAUGGAGCUACUUAGAAGGCAUCUACUUUUCCUUUAUCACACUAACAACAGUUGGCUUUGGAGAUUAUGUGGCAGGUGUAAAUCCAGAUAUACAGUACCCUCGUCUGUACAGGACAUUUGCAGAGAUAUGGAUCUACAUGGGAUUGGCUUGGCUGUCUCUGUUCUUUAGCUGGAAUGUCAACAUGGUAGUGGAAGCUCACAAAGUUCUAAAGAAAAGGCGACAUAGGCACAGACACUUGUAUGGCACAGAACCGGAGCCUAUAGAGGACAAAAAAAAUCAAGAUGAAAAGCCAACAGCUAUUGACAUCUUCAACUUCCUCUCUGAGAAGCACGAAGACUACAGCACUAUCAUCAAAGAUAUCAGAAUGACGGCAAUAAAAACAAUUCCAAAAGCCAUCAACCGUUCCAAGAGCUGCAGCGACAUCUUGGCCAACAUUCAGACCUUGGAUCACUCACCACGGCACAGACGCAUGUUAAGCAUCAGUGAGGUGUUUAUUAAUGCAAAGGCAGAAAAAGCUGAAGACGAAGAAGAGUUUCUUAGACAAGAGACAGUUCAAGACCGCCAAUCUACAGCAUGUGUGGAAACAGACGAUGAAGAAUACAAGGAGGAUUGUGAUUCUGAAUCAGAAAACGAUGGAAACGUCUUCGCUGUACCAACCAAAAAUGCUAAAAAAGAGGAAACAGUGCAGCACACAGAUGGCAGGGGAAGUAGAUUUAGAAUAUCCAAGGUGGCAGAGGAAAGUUUGUCAUUGGAUAAAGCAGAGAAAGGGUAA